AUGUCUAUUAUCUAUCCCAUGUACCCUAUCUGUCCAUCUCAGACUUUCACUUCAAUAACUUAUUAUAAAGCCUCAAGCAUCUAUCUUAUCUAUCUAUCUAUCUAUCUCAGAUCUAUCUAUCUAUCUAUCUAUCUAUCUAUCUCAGUCUUUUAUUAUCUAUCUAUCUAUCUAUCUAUCUAUCUAUUCAUCUCGAUCUCUUAUUAUCUAUCUAUCUAUCCUCUAUUUAUCUCAGUCUUUUCAUUUAUCUAUCUAUCUAUCUAUCUAUCUAUCUAUCUAUCUAUCUAUCUCAGUCUCUUAUCUAUCUAUCUAUGUAUAUAUAAACACGUUUUAAUCUAUUAUCUAAAUCUAUUUUAUAUAUUAGUGUUUAUUUAUGUCUCUUUAUCUAUGUGCAUUCUGUCUCCUUCACUUCAUCUCUCUCCCUCACUCUGUCUCCUUACCUCACCCUCCCUCUCUCUCUGUCUGUCUUUUUUCGGACACUCUCUCCUUACCUCACCCUCCCUCUCUCUCUGUCUGUCUCCUUCCCUCACUCUCCUUCUGUCUAUGUUUGUCUACUUCCCUCACCCUCGCCCUCUUUGUCUGUCUCUUUCCCUCACCCUCUUUGUCUGUCUCUUUCCCUCGCCCGCUCUCUUUCUCUGUCUCCUUCCCUCGCAUUCUCUCUCUCUGUCUGUCUCCUUCCCUCGCCUUCUCUCUCUCACUCUCUGUCUCUUUCCCUCGCCCUCUCUCUGUGUCUCCUUCACUCGCGAUCUCUCUCUGUCUCCUUCCCUCGCCUUCUCACUCUCUCUCACUCUCUGUCUCUUUCCCUUGCCCUCUCUCUCUUUCUCUCUGUUUGUAAAUAUUAUAAAACUUCCACUCUCUCUCUCCCCUCACCUUCCUCUCUCUCCUCAUCCCUAUUCCUCUCCCCUCCCCAUUAACAAGGAUUUCCCCAUCUCUCCAUAUCCUACCUCUUCUCACAUUAACUUUCUCUCUAUAUCCUCUUCCUUCUUCUCUUUCCCCUCCCUCGUCCUUCCUCCCUUCAUUUCACUUUCUCUCUCUCCAAUGAACCCUCCUUUCUUUUUUAAUCUUUACCUCUUCCUAAUUCUCUCUCUUCCUUCUCUCUCUCUCUGUAAUUUUCCUUUCCGCAGCUCUCUUCAGACAUUUUCCUUUCCACUCACCCACUCUUCAGAGAGAGAGAGAGAGAGAGAGAGAGAGAGAGAGAGAGAGAGAGAGAGAUUGAAUGCCUUUUGUCCCUUGAAACUAAUACUUUUAUCGAUGGUGUCUUUCCUAUAUAAAAUCAUUAUAAACUGA